AUGCUGAAUCAACAAAGUAAGUCUUUCUAUAUUUUUAGUAUUUAGACUGAAACAAAUUGGGUUUCAAUUUAUGGUGGAGAAAAUUUAUAUGAAGUUUGGACUAAAAGGUUGUGCCAAAGUACUUUUAUACUUAAAGUAAAGUAAGAUUCAGAUAAUUUUGAUAUUAAUCAACUUUCAAUAGAUGGUUAAUUAUAGUCUACAGAUACUGAUGAUUAUCAUUGCUAAAUUAAUUUGAAUUUCAAUAUACAGAAAAUUUACGAUUAUAAUUUUAUCAAUAAUCUGAUAUUUUGUUCUAUUGCCACUUUAAUAUUAAUAAUAUAAUUUAUGUCAACAACAAAAUUAAUUUAAUAAAUUAAUAAUAAUAAAUAGAAACAUUUUAAGUAAACAAUUCAACUAAGUGAUUUUUAGCUUUCUUUGCUGGCAUCAUAAUUCUCUGUGAUACAAGGAAGAAUUUAAUUGUUUAUUUUACUAAGGGCCUUAAUUCAAAACUUUGUAAAAUUUUAUACUUAUUUUCAGAAAUAUGAAUAUUUUUACAUCAUCCCAUCCUUCCUUUAGUUAGUACUGUGUAGUUCUAAAGAUCCCUAAUUUGUAAAUUUAAUUUGGCUCCAAAGGUAUAUGCUUGCAGAUAUAGAAAGAAGAGCAAGAAUAAAAUAAUUUAUGUAUUUUGUUGUAAUUUUAAGUACUCCAUUUAAUUCUAUUAGAUUUCUUUAUAAUUUUAAAUCUUGUACUGGAAAAUUUAUUUUGGAAUUCAUUUUAUUUCAUGCUUUCAUAAUCUUUUGUUCUAUACCCAUAAGUUAUUCGUAAUGUGAGACUUAAAUUAAAUAACAAUUUUAACAAACUUUAUAUUUUUGGAUUCUUAUCUUCUAAACUAUAUUUUUAUGUAAGUUAUAAAUUAAAUAUAGCCAUAUGUUAGAAGUUGUCCUGUUAAUAUAAGUUUUAUGGAAACAGAUUAUAUAUUUGUAGGAGUAUUUUUAUUUGUUUAUGCACUUUCAUUAUUUCUAAUAACAAUACAAUAAAAAUAUGGUUCAAGAUGUUUUAUACCUAAAUUUUUGUUUCCAAAACCAUUUAGUUAUUUCUAAAAAGUAAUCGUUCACGAUUCAAUGGAAUGUCCUAUUUGUUUGAAUUCACUUAAAUUAAGACCUGAAGAUAUGGAUGUAAGACCAAUGAAUCAACUAUUACAACAUUAAAUAAUGGUAACUCCAUGUAAACAUGAAUUUCAUCCACAAUGCCUUUAAUAAUGGUUAAAAAUUUAAAAUAGAUGCCCUUUGUGUAGGGGGCAUUUGCCUCCAUUUGUUGAAGAUGAUCGUUGA